UCAACACAACAAACAUGCGCAGAUCCAGUUGGAAACAUGGCGUCCGUGAACAGUUCAGAUUGGCGAGCUAUCUGUGAACAAUUUACCACCGCCCUAAACUUGACUGAGGUAGAAUCUCGCAAAGACCCAGAGAACGACCCAUUUCGAUCCAAGUACAAAGCACGGGAGAUCCUCAGAGAGAUAUACAGUGCACUGAAGAAUUUCGAGGCCACCGAGGCUGACAGUGAGACCAGCGGAGAGAGGGGCGAGGAGCAGGUUGUAGAUGGAGAGAAGGAUGGCCAAUGUUUUUACGGAGACUCACCGGCCGGGUGGCGGGCCGCAAAGCUGGCAGCUGUGGAGUAUUUCCUGGGUGUCAACCACAUCGAGACGGAAGAGCUGUCUGCCGGACAGGAGCAUUUGAUGAAUUGCAUGAAACUAAUAGAUAAAUGGAGUACCUCGUCCAUGAAUGUGUCUCUCGUCAUCCAUGUCAAGAACCAACUGGGCAUCCUCUGGUCAGGACGAGACGAGACGGAAACAGCAAAAGCCUUUCUGGAAACUGCAGAAGGUACCUAUCUACGUUACAUGAAGAAGGAAGGGAGUCCUCCGACAGACAUGACGGAGUACUUCAGCACAGAAGAGAACCAACUGACGCACCAAGAGAGGACCAAGCGGUUUGAGUUGGCCUACACCCAUACUAAGUACUACCUGGCCCAGGUCUACCAGUACCUCGGUGAAACGGAGCUUUCUGCCACAUACUGUCAUAGCACCUUACAGAGACAGCUCCAACUGAACCAGUUCAAUCCCAUGGAAUGGGCUCUCAACGCCGCUACGCUUUCACAGUACUACAUUAACAAGGGCCUCUACAUGGAAGGCCGACACUGUCUCUCUGCAGCGACCGUCAUCUCAGGCCUAGCAGGAGAGGUUCCCUCCGAGGCGGCAGCGGAGGAGAGUGAGCGGGAGCAGGAGCGCAGGGACCAGCUGAGGCAGAAGAGGGCCGACAUCGCCCGCUGCUGGAUCAAAUACUGCCUCAACCUGCUGCUGGAUGCCAAGAAAGCCCUGGAGGACAACAUUGGUGAACUGGAUGGGGAUCGUCAGGAGGAGUUGAAGGCAGCGAGAAGAGCGGAGGUGGAGGAGGAGGAGAAGAGCAGGAAGAGUGCCCUGCUCUUUGGAUCUGAAGACACGUUUGACUCCAUCGCCAGUCUGGAAGAGAAGGUGCAAAGUUUGACCCCAUUGGACUUUACUGAUGCCAGAGCUUUGUUUUUGGUGGGACAGACAUAUGUCACACAGGCCAAGGAGUACUUUGAGAUGGAUGGUUUUGUGACGGACCACAUAGAGAUCCUGCAGGACCACAGCGCCCUCUUCAGGGCUCUCGCUUUCUUUGAGGACGACCUGGAGCGGCGCUGCAAGAUGCACAAGCGGCGGGUGGACAUGCUGGAGCCCAUCUGCAAUGACCUGAAUGGCCACUACUACCUGGUGAUUCGCAGACAGCUGAUGUUUGAACUGGCCGAGAUAUACAACGAGAUGAUGGACCUGAAACUGACUGUGGCCAACUGCCAGUCCGACUCGGAGACACUGGAUAGCCACACCAUUAAGAAGCUAAAUCACCUGUGUGGUGCUUCUGCUAAGUUCUUUGAGAUGUUCCUGGAGUCUCUGCGCUCCCCAGAAGGGAAGCUCCCAGAAGUGCUGGAGGAGGAGGUCCUGAGGCCCGCGCUGGUGGCGCGCUUCAGGGUGGCCCGGCUCUACAGUCGGGUCAUCUGCCCCGUGAUCAGCGAUAAGCUGGAAAACCUCAACAAGUCUCUGGACCACUACAAGUACGUGGCGCAGUACGGCGACGCCCACCCGGAAGCAUCCGCUGCCGUGGAAACGGAGCUUGAGCUCAGCCGGGAGAUGGUCAGUCUGCUGCCCAUCAAAAUCAACCGCCUUAAAGCACAGAUGAUCUCUAAUAACUGAUCAAUGUGACCGCAACUAACUUCGACAGAGCGACUGGCUAAUUUAUCUUCUACAGUAUUGUCAAAUGUAUUGCCUUGAUGUGUACAGGGUCUUUUGGCAUUCUUAAACAGUCCUAAUGCAUCAUUCAUAAAAACGUGUCUUGUGGCUGCAGUGACCUCACCAUCAACCAGAACACAUCACUAGUGUAUGCAUGAUCCCCAUAUCAAUUACGUGUUUACUGCUCUGUCCUUUGAAUUAAUAACAAUGCCCUUCAUUACUUGUAAAUAUGUGAUAAAAAUGUGAAUAAAGUGAACAGCAAUUAUAGAUUGGUUUAUCAUAUAAUUUAUCA